CUAGCGCGCUUCCAAAGCGAAGCCGACCGCGACGUCACUUCAUUUCAACGUCACAAACGACAUUGCUACGCUUUGACAUACGAUGCUAAUCCACAAUGCGGCAGACGCUGGUGGCUUACACGUCGCAGGCGAUGAUAGAUGUUAGUCAGGAUGCCCGUACGGAGAUCGCAUCUUCACCGGAAGCGCCGGUUAUACCACGAACCAGGACAGCGUACGAAGAACGCGUCGAAGAACGCGUCGAAGAUUCUCUGGAGGACCAUCUGGAAACGAAGAUGGGCGCCGUGCAAACGCCACAGCAGGCGGAAGACGAAGUUGACGAAAUGUACGACUUGAGUCCGAAGGGCAGGGUCUCAUUGGAAGCGGCACGAUUUGCUGGUCCGAAGACGAAGGCGACGGAGAGCCGAUAUCAGUCUGGAGAUCCACUGCCGGAUCAACCUCAAGCGCCUGAGGAUACCGACCGCCGCAGUGCAGAGGGACCGCCACGGAUGCCUGCGACUGAAAGUUCGCUGUUCAAUGGUGUGAGCAAACGAUUUCUGCAAAGGGAUGGGCAGCUGUCUAAAGCCACAAAGCCUACAAAAGCAGCUCGGGUUAGUGAGAAGGGAUGCGACGAAAACGGCCAGAAUAGCAAGAGCGAGCACGACAAGCAGAUGCAACCAGACACAGUCGCUCAUCAGCCUCUCGAAAGAUCAAGACCUCCCACAUCGAACGGCCAAGCAACUGACAAGCGACCACGAGCCUCUGUCGGAACAUCCUCGCUUGCCGCACUACGUGCCAAACGCCAAGGGCUGCCGUUCGGUCAGUCGGAACAUAAGCCGCCCAGUGUCACCGAUGUCGUGUUCAAACACACGAGUACCGCAAGUAGUAGGACUGACCGGCAGAAGACUCCCUUUCAAGAAGGCAGCAAAAACGUUCAGACACCGGCUAGAGGCAAAGCUAAAGCGAGUGCGACUGUUGUAGCUCAUACCGGGCACCUGACUGCGACCGGUAAGUUGAAGUCUCGAAGAAUGGGCAUGUUUGCGGAGACGCCGUUGGCGCCAUCCGGCUUAUCUGAGCAAGCGAAGUGUGGCCGACCUGAAAGCGAAGCCAUGACAGCAGUCGCCACAAAAGCUACAUCAACCAAAAACAAGCCAGGACAGCAGCCAGCUGCCGCUUCGGCUACUGCUGCGCCGAGUACUGUUCGCCGCACUAAUGGCAAACCUGACAUAGCUCGUGACCCUCAGUACGACAUACCAGAAUCGCCGCCCAAGCCACCUCCUGCAAACCGGUUAGACGCUUUCAGAACGUCGAAAUCUCAAAAGAAGGCAGUAGCGCUGGAGCCGGCUGUCAAGAUGUCCGCCGCACCCGGGAAGCGGAACAGGGACGGUUCGAUGUUAUCGCUUGGGCCGGCCGCAACAGAGACUGCUCCAUCUAAGAAGCAGAAACGAGCCGACCAGGAGCCAUCAGAGUCCGACGCCUCGGAGUGGACUGAGGAGUAUCGCAAGCUUGAUCCGACUCAGCGCCAGCAAACUCGGCUUGAUGAGCAUCGCAGACAGCCCGCGAGGCUAGCUAAGCGGCGGCCUGUGGAGGGAAACGCGCAGGCACCCAAUGCAGACGUGUCUGCGGAUGAGGACGAGCAUCAGGGAGGCAGGUCAUCGCUGCACAAGCCUGCAUCGCCAAAGGAAACGCUUGAGGAGUUUGAGGAUGCCGUAGUCUAUCUCAGUGGUCCCGGCAAGGAUUUCGGGAAGCCGGCUACGGGCGUAGAGUGUCUCACUCAACGUGCUUUCGUGCAUGUUGUGAACCAAGCCGACGGCAGCCGCAAUGCGCAGGAUAAAGAGCACCCUGGUGAGGCCAGACUCAAGACCGGUGCCACUCAGGACAACGCAAUUACAUUAUCAGAUCGCAUCGAGCCAAGCUCGCCGCUACAACCCGAAGCAGAGACAGCACACGAUGUCCCAACUGAACCUGAAAAGUCUCAUAGAAGCAUAAAGCAGGCAGCAGAGAUACCACAAACGCCUGCCGCCAUAAAGCCAAGUUUACCUGCCAAUCAUACCGACAUCGACGAAGACCCGAGACUGCUCGUAGAUGAGGCGCCUCGCCGAUCAGCGAUCAUUGCCUUCGAUCGCACAGGCCCGCGCAACCAGGGUACACGCUCUGCAAAGAAGGGUGUACCAGACUUAGCGUGGACGAAGCAUAGCUCGCAUUCGGCUGCCAGAUCAACAAUGGCACCCGAAGCCUUUAGCGUACAUGCGGGCUCGCACGCGCAUCGGCAGAACGGGCCUUCUUCUGCAGCAAUAAGCAUGCGCACUACGAAACCUUAUUUCACAGCACGACCGAGCAAUGUUGCAAACAAUGUCAAUGACGCGCUUGCCGGUUUCCUCUCAAAAGCGAAGUCGAGCGUGCCGAUGCCAGUGAGGGCUCGUUCGCGAAGAACUGCACCCUCUCCCUUGGCACAAGAGCCUCCACAGAACCACGCCAAAGCUGUCCACGGAGACGACGGGUACCUGCACGUUGACAACUUGAACGACACCACAAUGGUUGAACAGGAAGCCACGCAAAUCACUGAGCCCCUCGAGCCGAGAGAGGGAGUGGACCAGGAGAUGGAGGAGGCGCCUCCCCAGGCCUCCAAGGCAGACAACGUGAACUCGUCACACCGUGCUCCUACCGUACCAUCUAUGCUUGAUUCGGUCGAUGCGAACAACGCUGUGAUUGAGCAUGACCAAUUACAGUCGCGACGAGCCGGCGCAAAACGUAAGCCUCAGGGGACGGCCGAGGACUUCACCGAAGCAAAGAAGCUCAAGAGGGCUCAUGCCAAAGAGUCAAGUCAGAGCAAAGCAGUGACAAGGAACGACAAGCAGCUGAGCUCACUUGAACAUCCGAUUGCUGUGGAGACCGUACAGAGCGUCGCAACUAUGGCAACCCAGAAAGUAGCCCGCAAAGUGAGCCGGUACGCAUCGCAAAGCAAUGUCGACAUCCAUGGCAGCCCAAUUCCGAAAGAUAUGGAGGUGCCCGAAAACACGACUGCUCUUGAGUAUUACUCUCAGCAAGCAGCCGUCUCAUCAGACCUUGCCUUAGCACAAGCCGUGGCACUUCCACGAACUGCAGCGCCAGAGAAGCGUGGAUACCCAGAUGCAACGACGCUCGACCCGAUGAAUCUCGACGAGGUUCUCGCAAUGCCGCCGAAGCUUCCCGAAGCAAUGUCGAGCAUUAAGAAGCGCAAGCCUGCAUCACCGCAACGCGAGUCUCGACUGGUUACCGCCGUAGCGCUUGGUACGAUUGACCCGGAGAAUCUCACAAUCCCAGACUUAGCUGCACCGCCGUCUACCAAUCCUUCCACGACAUCUGAAAAUGCGACCAAGCAGCCAAGCAAGGGUAGUUCGUCGUCAACACUUAAGCAGCAGCUGCGAGAGGCACAGAGCGAGAUUGCUGCACUCAGCGGACAGCGGCAUGCAAAGCAGGCAUCCGUGCCAGAGGAUGACGAUCCUGACCGAACACUCGUCGAGCCAGGAGUGGAGCGAUCAAGGGCGAAAACAUGGAAGAACACACGCACCGACCGUGCUCCUCCGCCACCCAGCUCACGCGGUACCGACUUCCAGACUCUCAACGACUGGUACGAUAACCUGCCUGCACACUACAUGAACGUCUUCGACGAAGGCGUCAGUGCCUUCCAUCGGCUGACACAGACAUUGGUCGAUGAAGAGACGGCGAGGCGGGAGAAGUUCAGCGACUAUCGGCGCAGUUUGCUGAAUGCUGUCGAGGCGGCGGAGCAAAAGCGGGCUGAAGACUACCAAAUCAGCUUGCAGAUGCUUGAGCAGGAAAGGAAGAGGGUGAUGAAAGGCUUUGAGGCGCAUAGUGAGAGUCUGAAAGCACUUGUCGCUCAGGUGGGCCGCGAUCGGGAGUUGAGAAAGCGAAACAAGGGUGUGGAUGCGGUUGACGAUGCGAAGGUGCAAGCUAUGGUUGCUCAGUAUGGCUGAGAGCACGACAAUAGUGACUGGCUCUACGCUGAAGCUGUCAGGUUCAGCUGUUUUGCAUUUUAGCUUAAGUCG